AUGGCAGAGGUUCUUGGCACAGUUGCUAGUGGCAUCGGUGUUGCUCAGCUGGCGGGCAAUCUUGCUUCGAGCAUUAUCAAGCUGAAGGGUUAUUGGGAUCAAGUUCAAGAUGCGCCCGACGAUAUUGGCUUUUUGGUGCGAGAGAUUGAUGCCCAUCAUCUGAUACUUCGAAGUAUUCUGGAAAGCCAGGCCAAAAUCGCCUCUUCUGGCAGGCCUUCGAACACGUUUCUCGAGAAUAGUCUAAAGUUGUGUGAAGACUCUUUGAAUGAAUUGAACGAGCUUGUAAAGGUCCUUGGAAAGGAGAUCAAUUCAAGCAAUAAAUGGAGAAGCAAAUUGGGCGCCACGAAGGUGGUACUGAAAAAUGAUCAACUUAAGAGAUUGAAGAAGAGAAUGAAAAAUGCUUCAAGACUGAUGAAUCUUGCUAUCACAUGGCAAACAAAUGCUACCCUCCAAGAACAAUUCCCAAUCCUCGAGUUGAAAAUGCAGACUUCUCUCGAUCGGUUUUUAAUAAACUAUCAGAAACUUAUUCCAGCACCGCCAAUGUCGUAUCCAACCAUCCAGAUCUCCUCGAUGGAUGCUCUAGUGCCACCAAGCAAUGUUGCAACAAUUACACAGCCACAGAACUCGAAACGCGAUAGCAAUUCAACACCACGCUUUGUGCCCGAAGAUUGUACCUCCGCACAGAUGUCCAGUCGAAUAUACUCGCUGAAUUGGUCUUUAUAUUUAAUGGGCUCGAUCGACAUUCGAAAGACACAACAAAAACUAGAAAGAAAUCGGUUUGAAGAAACAGAAGCGAAAUACAAACCCCCAGCUUGGCUUUCAAAUAGAGCCUGGCAGUGUAUGUACACCAAAGAUCUAUCAACCUUAAGGUGGAACGUCAACAUUCAGACUUAUCGUACUCUGGAUACCAAAUCAAUUUUUUAUAAUGCCCUGAGAAAAGGGGAUGUUGUUGGUGUCCAAGAGAUGUUAGCAAAUCGAACGGCUUUUGUGAACGAUCAGUUUGUGGCACGCCCUGUAACAGGGUCUUGGGAUAAUGGUUCGCCUCUACAUAUAGCUGCCUCACAUAAUCAUCUUGAUUUAUGUAAGCUUCUUCUAGCGAAAGGGGCAGAUGUCUCCAGUGAGGGGGCUUUAUUUGGCAAAACACCAUUAUCAGCAUUUGUUUUCACUACGCGGCACAAUCAUAUAUAUCGUUCUCAAGCAUUUGACCAUACUCACGCACUCGAUAUCCUACGAACCCUCGUCGAAGCAGGGGCAGACUCGGAGCUCAUUGAUCAGACCGACGUGCUAGCCAUCAGUGCUAGUGGCCCUGAAGAGCUGUUUCACUAUAUUCAACAGCACACGUACAUGAGUUCUGGCGAGAUAAAUUUCAUAGAUAAGUUGGAUAUUGCUUUGCGGUUUAUGAGCUCUGAAAGUGUACAAUCUCAAAAUUUGAUGUUGUCAUAUCUUGAGGAUCCUAAUUUCCAGGCAAAGAUUGCACUGCAUCGUGAUAAUGUUGUCGUGGAAAAAUUCUUUGUAACAAUUUGCAGAGAAUAUUCGCAAGAUGGAUUCAAAGAUAACGGGGUAGACCUCAUCAAGAAAAUGAUGUCGGCCGGUAUUUCAUUACAUACAUUGGACCACAAUGGCGAAACGAUAUUGCAAAGAGAAUUUCGGGAUUGCCGGAGAAGACUUGGAGUUCAUGAAAAAAGAUCCUGUAGCUUCAAGAUGUGGCUUGGAUUUUUGAUCGAUUUAGGUGUCGAUCUCAAUACAUAUGGCAAAGUAGAAUCUUCAAUUUAUCAUAAGAGAAGAUUGACCCGAGAUUUGGAUGCCCCUCAGACUUGGCUGCUGGUACACGUCUUAGGAUUCAAGUAUGGACCUCGUAUUGAGGAUUGGGAAUUAUUGUUCUACGAACGGACGGAUGAAUAUGCGGGAGAUUUCUGGAAACUCAUUGAGAAUCCACUUCAAGCUGCCCUUGCAAAUUUGUCUAUACCCGGGGAAUGGGUUGAUUAA